GUUGUGGAGGAUCCGUUCGAGCUUUUCUACCAAGAACAACUCCCACAGCUGCUGCAAGCUUUUCAGCGUGAACAGCAUUACCAGUGUUUUGGACGACGACUUCCAGCGCUUCCGCUGCUUUCGGAAUGAGCACUGGUGCCGCUAGAUUCGUCACCACUGCUGCUAAGCAAAGCACUACCAUCACCAUCGUCUACGUCCUCACCAGGAUCCCGGAGUUUUUCGCAAUAAGUAGCUUCAACUGUGCCAGAUCCAGCGCCUCCAAAGAAUUACCAGCGGUCGAGAGCUUGUCCAUUUCGCUCUUGGAGACGCCACAACCCAUCAGUUGCCAGCCGGGGUCAUCGAGUCAGGUGUUCCAAUCGAUCAAAUAUUACGAGGCUGGCACCAAAAGCGACCUCUCCUCUCUCUUUUCCUUAAAGACGGGGAGGAGGGAGUGACCAUCAAAAUUCAUGGCGCACUGCUGUGAGGGACGAGGCCCAAGCGGCUCUCACGUUUCACGCAUGACUUCUGCAAGCACUGAUCUGUUGCAGUUUGUUGAAAGAGACGUCAUCGGGGCCGUCGGAUGCCCGCCAACGGACGGCUGCUGUUCACGCAAAACUUAAGAAAAACGGGAGAGCAAGGCAGUUGUCACUCUCUUGGGACUCGCGGAUCAUCCAGCUCUCCUGCUCCAGAAGGCAGAUUAAAAGCCGAGAAACCAAGGGGAGAAAUCUACGCCCAGGUUCAUGUCAGAUUUUGAUAUCCAAAUUCCUGGCGCCUUCGACCCGUUCGCAGAAGCGAAUGUUGAUGACCAAGGAGCGGGGUCCAAAGAAUACGUUCAUGUUCGCAUCCAGCAGAGGAAUGGGCGCAAGAGCUUGACCACCGUCCAGGGCCUCAAGAAAGAGUUCAACUACAACAAGAUACUCAAAGACUUCAAGCGAGAAUUUUGCUGUAACGGGACAGUUGUGGACGACACAGAGCUAGGACAGGUGAUCCAGCUCCAGGGCGACCAGCGAAAAAAUGUCUCCCAGUUCCUGGUACAGGCUGGCGUUGCCAAGAAGGACCAGAUCAAGAUACAUGGUUUCUAGGAGGAGAGAGGACGUGCGAUUAUUUUUGCUCCCCCAAGGAAGGAUAGAGGAGAGAUAAGUAUUUUUUCUUGGGUUGGAUUUAAUAAGGUGAGAGCUUGAAGGAGAUCUAGACAAGAGUCUUCACAGCACGACGAAGAUCGAUGCGAUGUUUUCUCGUCGCAGUUAAGAAGCGCGCUCUCUAUUGACGGCUACGCAGAUCAAUGGAUUCGUCUUCGUGCUUGGAUGAGAAAUCGAUGCAGAGACAAGGAAGACCAUGGGAAGGAAGCACAAGACAUGUUUAAGCGUUCUUCUCAAAGCCAGAGCGAGCAAGCAAGGGCUUUGAGGUGUGUGUAGAGUUAUGAGGCUUCACUCAAGUUAAACUAUGGAUGUUUGUUUCUCGCUCG